AUGUCUCCCGAACACCGCCUGAAAGAAGACUACCCAUGGACCCAGUCCCCCCUCAUAGCCAGCGCGCCAAUGCGCCUCAUAGCGCUCGCUCCGCUGGCGGUUGAAGUUUCCAAAGCCGGCGGCCUCGGCUUCAUCGGCGCCGGCAACGAUGUCUCCAUGCUCGAACCCGAGCUCCAAAAAGCCCAGCAGCUCUUCGCCGCCGCCGAGCACCCUCUCCCAGCCACGCUCCCCGUCGGCAUUGGGGUUUUGAACUGGGGCGCCGACCUCGACGCCACCCUCGCCCUCCUCCGCACAUACCGCCCCGCGGCCUUCUGGCUCUUCGCGCCGCGCAAGCUCUCGGACCUGCGGGCCUGGACGCAGGGCGCGCGCGACGCGACGGCCGGCGCGACCAAGGUCUGGAUCCAGGUCGGCAGCGUCGUCGAUGCGGUGCAGGUGGUGCGGGAGUGCGGGCCGGACGUGCUGGUGGUGCAGGGCGUGGAUGCGGGCGGGCAUGGGCUGGAGCGCGGGGCUGGGAUUGUCAGUUUGGUGCCCGAGGUGCAUGACGCGCUGGUGGCGGCGCUGGGGCCAGAGGGAGAAGCAGCGGAAGGGAAGAUGCCCGUGCUGGUUGCCGCGGGCGGGAUCAGUGAGGGGAGAGGCGUGGCUGCUGCGCUGGCGCUCGGGGCUGCGGGUGUGGUGAUGGGAACGCGGUAUUUGGCGUCGCCGGAAGCGGAGAUCUCGGGGGGGUACAGAGAUGAGGUUGUUAGGGCUAGUGAUGGGGGGCAGACGACUGUGCGGAGCGGUGUGUAUGACAAGCUGCGCGGGACCGUGGAUUGGCCGCCUGGGUAUGGCGGACGCGGAGUGAUUAAUCGGAGUUAUCAAGAUGCGAUUGGGGGGAUGGAUCACGAGGAGAAUGUUAGACUGUAUAAUGAAGCGAUGAAGAGCGGAGAUAAGGGAUGGGGUGUUGAGGGCAGGAUGACGACUUAUGCUGGCACGGGGGUGGGGUUGAUUAAGGGCGUGAAGAGUGCGAAAGAGAUUACGGAGGAGGUGAGGGAGGAUGCGAGGAGCGUCCUGAAGAGCUUAAGGGAGAAGUUGUAG